AUGGGAUGCAAAUUUAAAAUACGACUUAAUUCUUUAUCAUCAAUAUGGUAUACCUUUGGAAUUAUUCUUCUACAAAUUUAUUUACUAUAUUUGGGUUUUGAAAGAUACCGAUUAUAUUUAGAUGUUAAAUGGCCUCAACAUCAAUACCCAAAAUUAUGGCUGACAACUUAUAUGAUACUUUAUUCAUCAUGUAUUCCAUUAACAAUGAUUUUUUUUAUUGUUGGAUUUUUUAAGUCUGGAAAUUUAACUGGUGAUAGAGAACAACUUGGUUUUAUUACUUUAAAAGUAUGCGAAAAAAUUGAUAUACAUUUAAAAUCUUGUUGUUGUAAUGUAUUUCAUUUUAUAACAAAAAUAUAUCGCAAUUUUUUACCAUUUCCACAAAUACUUCAUUUAACAAUAGCUUUUUGUCAAUUGAUAGCUCAACAAAUAAUGCUUGCCCAAAUGUAUCGUUUUGGAUUUGCUAAUACAAAUGAUAUAAUUCAUACUGAAAUGGAUUUUAUAUAUAAACGAAGUAAUCAAUUAGCAUUAAAUUUACCAGUUGGUGAUACAAGAUUACAAGGUUUUAGAAUAACAUCUGAAGAAUUAUCAUUUUUUCCAAUAUCACCAAAUUUACUUCCAGUAUUAAUGCAUACAAAAUUAUUUGGAAUUUCAUUGGAAUUUGUUAAUCUUUUAAUUGCACUUCUUGCUUUAUCACAAAGAUAUCCAAAAUUAUUUUGGAAAACAAAUGAAACAUUUUCAAUUAUUUUUUCAUUAUUUAUGAUUAUUCAUUCUAUUACAAUUGUUUAUGGCUAUUUAGCAUUUAGUAUAUUAUAUAGAAUUCAAGAAACAAAUAGAUAUAAUAUAAGACCAUUAACAAUUGGUUUACCAAUAUCAUCAUCAAAAAAUCUUAUAUUUUAUCAUCCCAUUAGUUUAAUAUUUCUUUUUCUUUUUGAUAUUAUAAUAAUGCUUUUGGCUCCGGUUGCUUUACAUUUAUAUGGAUUGUCAAAAUUUCGUCUAUCCAUAUUGUCAGUAAAAGAAAAAAUGAGUUUAUUACACAAUAAACUUUCAACAACAAUUAGCGGAAACGGAUAUUAUACUACAAAUAAUUCAGAUUUAUCAACAUCUCAGGAAUCUAAUACAACAUUAUGUUGUGAUGGUUAUGGACCACAUAUGUUAGCAAUUUUAGUUCUUGUAUUAACUGCAAUUAGCCAAUGUCCAACAAUUUAUGCACUAAUGAUUCUUCACCAAUAUGAAAAUAAAACUAUUCUUUUACAUUGUAUUAUAGUAAGAGUUGCAUAUCUUUUCAUUUGGAUUAUUCUUUGGCUUAUUUUAACAUUAAGAAAAAAUUGGCAAUUUAAAGUAACUCAUCCAGUCAAUGAAAUAAUCAAUCUUCAGAAUGCACAAAAAGUACUUAAUCUUUCAAAUGAGGAAAAUGAAUCUCAAGAUAAAAGAACAUUAUCUUCAAGAUUAAAAAAUUCAAUGUUAAUAAUGCAAGGAGACUAUAUGUAUUUGACAAAUGAUGUAGUUAUGAAACAAUCUAUUAUAAGUUUAGUUCAUAAAAAUAAAGUAGAAAAUGGAAUGAUUGUUCCAAAAUAUAAAACAUCACCAAUUGUUAAACGGGUAAUGGAAUCUGAUAGACCUUCACCAUUACCAUUACAUAGAAAUUAUGAUUUUAAUCAACAAAAUUUAUAUGGAUCUCGUUCAGGAUCUCAAGUACAAUUAAAUAAUGGACCAUUAAUUGCAACACAUGUUCGAAUGUCUCCAGCUAAAGAUCAAAUGAAAAAUUUAAAUAAUUAUCAAUUAGGUAUGGCAUCAUCAACAUAUAAUACAAUAAAACCAAAUACUUUUAUAUCUUCAAAUGAUUCAAAAGAUCGUAAUUUUGUUAAUACCUUUGGAACAUUACAAAGAUCACCUCGUGGAUUAAUGGGAAUGACAAAUGAUGAUAUUGGAACAAUAAGAAAUCACCAAUCAAUGAUGAAAAAUCAACAAUAUGGUGUUAUACCAGAUCGUCAAAUUCAAAGUAUAAGAUAUUCACCAAAUCGUCAACGACAACAACUUGAUCCAAAAUUACAAGGUGCUUCAAUUUAUGGUACAUAUAAUAGAAAUCCACCUUUACCAUUAAGUAGUAGACAAAUUAAUUUAAUUCCUAAUAAACAAUCAGCACAAUAUGGUAUUAAUAAAGAGUCUAAUAAUAAUAAUAAAAUUUUAACUCCACAACCGAUAACAAAAAAUUCACAUUCCGGUAUAUAUGGUGAGAUAUUAACAAAUAAAUCUUUAGAAAAUUCUACUUAUGUACAACAACCAACACAAUACAUUAGUCGCGAUAUUAAUUAUGGAAAUUAUGGUUAUAAUAAAAUGGUAUCAAAUAAUCAACCAAAAGAUCAAUCUAAUAGUUCUUUUAAAAAAAUUGAUGAUAAGUAUGAUUCAAAUUUUUAUGGUCAAAUACCAGAAAAUACAAAAUCACGAAAAAUAAACUUAGGUGAAUCUCAACAAAAUAAAGAAGAAAAUAUCUAUAACGGAAAAAAUGAAUACGCAACAAGUAUUGUAUAA